AAGAAUUAGGGGAGGAAAUGCAGUAAGGCUAUAAAGAGCAGAGGCAUGCGGCCGUUUGGGAGAUGAAGCUGGGUGUCAGAUAGAAAGGUCUAUAACAGGGGUCAUUAUGAUGCAUAAUUUAGCUCUUACGGUAAGCAUCCUAAUGGGGUUACUGGGUCAAGUAUCCUCCUCUGAGCAGACCAAUUCAUCAAUUUGCAAACCACCUCCAAAAUGGAGUAUAGAGGGUGAGGUGCCAAUGGCCGAGGCACUUGGUAAGGUGACAGUGGUGGCACUUCUUCAAGCUAGCUGUGGCUUUUGCCUUGUACAGGCAGCCAGAAUGGGACCUCUGCGUUACAAGUUAUCACUUCAGGGCAUGACAGACAUAAAAUACAUGAUAGUGAAUGACCAGAGUUUACACUCAGCAAAUAUGUUCCCUGAGCUAAAACGUUGGGCCCCAGAAGGAAUACCUGUGUAUCAGCAAACCCCAGGGCAAGAUGAUGUCUGGGAAUUGCUGGAUGGAAACAAGGAUGACUUUCUCAUCUAUGAUAGGUGUGGUCGUCUAACAUUUCAUGUUCGUCUCCCUCUAAGCUUUCUUCAUUUUCCAUAUGUGGAGGCUGCCAUUCUGUCCACUUACAAUGAGAGCUUCUGUGGUAACUGCAGCUUUACUUCCAACAGCACCCUGAUUCCAAUGAAUGGAACAACUGUAUCACCAUCAGGUGAUGACUCCUCAUCUCCUUUACAAAAUAAAGAUGAACCGGUCAAUAAAGAACCAAGUCCAACUCUGGAAAAGCACAAUGACCAAAGAAAAUUGGACAGUGAGCUAAGACUUCACGACCAUUCCCAGCACCACCCUAUCAACAGCCACAAACGACAAGAGAACCAAAACAAUCAUCCAAGAAAUCUUAUUAAAAAUGGGAAACAAAACUAGAAGAAAUUAGAAGAAAAAGGAAAAAUAAAGAAAUAAAAAGGAAAAUGGGUUGCUUUUUUGGGUGUGCAGUUUAGUUUUAUGUGUGGCAUAAAAUAGCAUUUCUAUUUUAUAGUAAUAAAUGGCAUUCCAAUAAAAUGCAGCCCAGAAAUCCUUACGUAUGUUAUUUUGAUACUCUAGUAUGAUAAUAUAUAAUUUUUUUUCCAUACUGCAAUGCUGUUAUUGUUUGCUUGUGCUCACAGUUGUGCCAUUACGUAUACUGCCUGUGCAUUAAAAGAGCUGGAUGGAAAUACAAAAAA